AUGGCAGACAAUGAGAAGCUAUUUGCUGAUAUGUUUGACUGGCUGGUUCCUCCGUGUAUGAAGUUUUUGCAUAAUGAAGCUACCCACAUCCUGAUGCAUUUAGGUGAAACACAGCUUGUUAAGACAAUGUCUGAAAUUAUAGAGAUGCUUAUGGAUGAUGCUUUAGUUCUGAAUGGUAAUAACAAUAACUAUGUAAGGUUUUGGUUGCAAGCAGCAUUUGUCUUUGGUGGUUCUUGGACAUUCGCAAGUGUACUUGAUGAUGAAGGAAGAGUAAUGUUUGAUGAAUUUUACAAAGGCAUUUGGAAAGGAUUGGAAAGUGAUCACCCAGUUCCAAGGUCUCUGGAGAUAGUUGACAUAUCAAUACCAAAGGAAGGAUUAUUAAUUGAUCUAGUAUACACAUUUAAAGGCAAAGGAGCAUGGAAUUAUUGGAGUGAAGUUGUCAGAACAGCAGAAAUCAAGGAAAGAAUUAGCCUCCAACAGACUCUAAUACCAACUAUGGAUUCCGUGAGGUAA